AUGCCCAAAAGAAAUAGAUCGAGGUCAAGCUCUUAUUCACGCUCUCGUUCUCGUUCUAGAUCGUCGUCUUCAUCAUAUAGUAGCUCUCCUUCUCGAAGCCCAUCUCCCACAUCAAGAGCUAUGGUUCCUAUGCCAGAUCCAGAUUCAUCUUUAGUUGUAGACUUUCUUCACUCAUUUCAGGAAUCUAAUGCUGCGAGAUCAGAUAAAAUUGACUCAAGAAUUUAUAUACUGCUGAUUUCAAAUACCUUUAUAUCUUUAAUAUUUCUGCUCCAGUUUUAUAAUUCAUAUUUAUUAUCACACUAUAAAGAAAUGGCAUGGAGAUUAACUACAGUUAGAAUAUCGAUAAUUUGCCUACAGACACAGAUGAAGCUGAAUUCACUGACACUUUUAUAUCCUCUAUGAGAGCUUUAGGACUUAUAACUCGCCAAGGUAGCCCUUUAUUAAAUUCGUGGCGACCUAAAAAUAGCACAUUUAUUUUUUUCGAUUUCCGCAGCGUAGAAGAAGCUAAUAAUGCUCUAACACUCCAAGGAAUGACCUAUAGAAGCAAAGAAAUAAAAGUUUCCAGGCCCAAACACUAUACAGGCUCUCAGCCAAUGAAUGCAAAUGCCAUGAGCACACUUUUUGGAAAUUACGCCAAUAAAAAUAUCCAGAAAAUGCCUUUAGAAGAAAUUUGCAAAAAAAAUCUUCCAAGCACGAGAAGAAUAGAUCCAGUGACAAAAGUUUUAGUUUUGAGGAAUAUUAUAACUGCCUCAGAAAUACAAACAGAUACAGAAUAUUUAGAUAUUAUAAGCGAUCUCAGAUUUGAGCUUGAAAAGCAUGGAACUAUUUUAUCUUUAAGUGUGCCAAGGUGUGGGGAAAAGGGGAUUGGGAAUGUUUAUGUAGAAUAUUCAAACGUAACUGAGGCAUCAAAUGCAAGAAAAAUAAUUGCAACGAAAAGAUUUGCAGGAAAAUGGGUUGAUGUUAGAUUUUUCCCUGCUAUCAUGUACGAAAAUAAAGAUUUCAGGGAGUCAUGGGAAAUUAAUGCUAUAACUAAUACUUAA